GCGCUGUGAGGGGUGUGCGGGGCGAGGGACACGCACAAUGGGGCGCUCCCCCUCCCGAGCCGGUCGUCCCUGAAAGGGGCGGGGAGGCCCCGUCAGGUGAUCGUCGAGGGGCCGUCCAAGAUGGCGCCCGGGCUGCGGGGCCUGAGGAGGAGGAAGAGGAGGCUCUACCUGUGACUGGCGACGCCGGGAGGGGCGGGCAAGGAGAGCGUGAGGGAGCCCUCGCUGUUGACUGCGUUGCCGCCGCGGUUCUGGUCCUCUCCCGCACUUUCUCCGGGGACUCGGCCUGAGGCGGAAUUGGGGGCGGCGGCGCCGCUUCAAUGUGUGCCUUUUUCCAGGGAGCGGUUAUGGUUUGGCCGGACCGUGCCUGGGGUUCGUAGGAGCAGCCGCCUCUUUUUCUCGAGUCAUGGCUCUGAGGGAGCUCAAAGUUUGCCUGCUCGGGGAUACUGGUGUGGGAAAAUCAAGCAUUGUAUGGCGCUUUGUAGAAGACAGCUUUGAUCCCAAUAUCAAUCCAACAAUUGGAGCAUCUUUUAUGACCAAGACCGUGCAAUAUCAGAAUGAAUUGCAUAAAUUUUUAAUAUGGGAUACAGCUGGACAAGAACGAUUCCGUGCUCUGGCACCAAUGUAUUAUCGAGGGUCUGCAGCAGCUAUUAUAGUUUAUGACAUCACAAAAGAGGAAACAUUUUCAACAUUAAAAAACUGGGUGAAAGAACUACGCCAGCAUGGACCUCCCAAUAUUGUUGUAGCUAUUGCCGGAAAUAAGUGUGAUCUUAAUGAUGUAAGAGAAGUCAUGGAAAAAGAUGCUAAAGACUAUGCAGAUUCCAUCCAUGCAAUAUUUGUAGAGACAAGUGCAAAAAAUGCAAUAAACAUAAAUGAACUCUUUAUAGAAAUUAGUCGUAGAAUACCAUCAACAGAUACCAACCCCCCAUCUAGCGGUAAGGGCUUCAAACUUAGAAGACAGCCUUCAGUGACAAAACGCAGCUGCUGUUGACUGAUACCUUACUAGUCUUUAUAAAGUAAUUGGCCUGGGAAAUUAAGGGUUUAUUUUGAGUAUAUUUUAUUUGUACUGGAUUGCUUCCUGCCUAAUGUUUAUAGACCCCAAAAUGGACGAGCUCUGACAUGCAUGCUGUGGAGACUACAGUUGCUAUGCUGUCAGGGUUUCCUUACAUACAACAUAUGGACUAUCUCUUGUACUCAAAGGAAUUGUCUUCAAUUUCUGCUUUAGCCUUGUAAGAAAGAGAUUCCAAUAUACCAAUUAUAAGACUUGAUAUUUCAUAGUUUUUAUAAAACAAAACUUGGCCAUGUUUUGUAAGGAGGGUGGGGGGAAGGGAAACUUGCACUUUUGUGGAUUUGGUGGGAGUAGGCAACCCCUGUGGAUAGAAAUGUUAGCUCUGAUUUUAAUGUGUUCCUACACUUCUCAUUGUUGUUGCUCUAAGCCUUACUGUUUUCACUGUUGCUUCUCCAAAGUACAGGAUGAACUCCAGAUUAAGAGAUAGCUGCAAAAAUAAUGAAACAUCAAAAUGACCAAACAACUGAUCCAGUACCCAACCUUAAUUGCACUUUGUUUAGUGAUGAUAUUGUAGAAAUAUAAGCAAAGGGUACUAUCCUAUGCUGCCUGUGUGCCAGCAAGAUCCAUCAUUAGUGCAACAGGGAGUCAGUGCUUUAUAAAGUAACUUGCAAACCAAACAGAGAUGGGCAUUUCUAGAAUGGGGCAACCUGUUCCAGUGCAGAAACUAGCAUUCCCAGCCAUUUCCAGGGUUCCUUUAAGAAAUGCUAUUUUUCCUUGCACUAGUAGUGGAUUCCACUGGUAGAACAGAAUGAGUAAGAGCGCAGUGGCAGUAUAGGAUACUGCCCAGUAUAUUUUAGAAAGGGGUGGUGGUAGAAGCUUAGCCUAGACAAUCCUACCUUGUUAUGUAUCAUCAUUUUAGAGACAGAUAGCAGUAGGCUCCUUUUUAACAUUGAUGAAAUUGACCAAAACAAACUUGAACACAGCUGGCAGGAAUCAUUUGCUGUCAGUAGUUCUAGAACAAGCAUGGUUAGUUGCUUAGCAUGAGCAAUCUUUUAUAUUCUUAUUUAUGAGACCUUUGCCUAAAGUAUUAUAAAUUAUGUAAGUGCCAUAGAUAAAAAUCUGUUUUUUCAUCUCUCUAUCCUGCACUUAUUGGUGGGAGGAUGAGGAGUCCUAUGGCCAAAAUUGCUGAUGAUCCCAGCCUGCAAGCAUGAGACCUUGCUUGAGCUGGCACCCUCAAGUGUUGAGCUGGAAAACACUCCCUUCUCUGUCCAGUAGAGGUUGCUGCAACUGUAAUUUGAGGCUUGCUUGUGGAAUAAAUUACUUCUGCAUGAUAAAUGGGGAUCCAGAGCCAGCUUUGAGGGGCAGCGUAGAUCGUUGCCUCCUUUCUCUUGGGCCUAUCCUGAUUCUUUAUAAAUCCUGUUUUUAAGCAAACUAGCUUAGCAUUGUAUUGUGUGUUCAUUUUAUUUUAACCUAUAAAUUAAUCUUGCCCUAUUUUACUAUGCCUCAUUAUUUAUUUUUAUUGCAACCUACCAGUGAAAAGGUGUGUGUGUUCCCACCCUUAAGAAUAUAGCAGUUUUAAUAAAUUCACAAUAUGUAAAAGAAGCUGUAAGGCUUGGCUAUUUCAUGUACGCAGAAACAUGUCUGUGGUGACUUGCUUCCAAGUCAUUGCUUGGCAUUUUACUUUAAGUGUUUUCAGCUGAGAAGGAAAUUCAAAGAAUACUUAGGAAAUGAAACAGCAAAAUUUUGGACCAUAUCAUUCAGAGCAAUCCUUAAUACAGCUGAAUUGCUAUGGCUAACCAAUGUGAUUGGAAUUAUUCUGGUAAGAUAAGUAGGCUUCUCUCCUUGUUUUUAAAAAUGUGUAAGUGAAACUUCUGUAAAGAGUUCAAAGUUCUACAUUUAUCUUGCAAUAUGUAAGCAGUUCAAUACGCAGACCUAGCAAAUAUUAAUUUGCAUGUAAAAUCAUAUGUCCCCAUAAAUGUUUCAGCAAAUUGUGGUGCAUGCAGUUCACUCUGAACAAACUAUGUAUAUGUGUUAAUAAUGAAAUUGACAGUACAUUCCAAGCCGCUUUGUUUGUGGCCUUAAUCUGCUCUUCAUUUUUAUUUAAAAAUUAACUGAUUAUACCUGUAAACUAGCCCAAAGAAUCUUGUGCCUGCAAAACAUGAUUUAGGGUUGAGUGCAACAUGCUAAUGUAGAGACCUGGGACACAGUGUCAUCACAAGCUGAUCCAGAAUUUCUUCUCACAGUAGCCUGGAUUAACCAAUGCUUUGGCAAAGACCUUGUUGUGUAUGCAAGUCUAUUGUCCAGCAUAAAUUGGACUGAAAAUAAAUUUGGCAAGCUUGUACUAGUGGCAAACUUGUCUACUGGGCAUUUUCAAGGCAGUUUAGGCAGAACAGUCUUUCAGCUCCUUUUCCAAGAGCUGUACUGGGCUCCAGAACAGGCUUCAGAGCUGCUCCUGGUGGCCAGGACCAGCACUGCAUGACAAGCUAUUGGUUAAACUCUGGACUGUUUCAAUGUAGUGCAAGAAGUGCUGUUUGAAACAGAAGUUCCUGAAUGCCUAAACAGUCUCUUUAGAUCCCAGUUAGUGUGCCUAAUAUCAGAUAACAAUCCUCUAAUAGAAUUGAUGUCAGUGCUUAGCUGUGCAUAUAUCUCUAUUUUCAAAGUGGUGUCUAUUUAUCCUGUUCAUGUGGUCUUUUUCUAAGCAAUCCCCUUUUUUACAAACAAACAAGAGUCUUUGUCUGUGCUUACUUGCUUAGCAACUUUCCAAAAUAUGAGAUCACAUAGAGAAAGAGAAGAAAUUGAGUAGUGAGCUUCUUUUGGGACUAUUGCACAAAUUUAUACCAAGCUCUGUUGAUAUGCCAGCAGCAGCAUGUCACCAUCUUGCAGUAUGGCUUUCACAGUUCACUGGUGUCACUGUGAUGCCAAUUAGCUCCCGCCUUUAAAUUAUGUAUAAUUAGGGGAUUAUUUGUUUCACCUUCCCUGCAAAGAGAAUAUCUUACAUACAUCUAGUAGCAUCUUUUUAAGCUGUGACUGUAUCCUUAUCUUCUGUUACCACAUUUAUGCAAUGUAACACUUCAACCCACAAGCUAUCAGUCUUGGCAGCAUUUCAAAGACUUUUCUGCCUAUCCAAGCCAUCAGGUACAUUGCCAGCAUGUUAACCUGUAUUAGAGUUCACUGGACAUAUUUACUAGAAUAGUUGAACUACCAUUAUUCCCAUCUAAAUCUUAGCAGAUUUAUUGGCCAGUGGACAUACUUGCAGUGCAUCAUUAUUUCAAAUUACAUGAAUUAAUAGACAUUUGAGCAACAGUAUCCUCACUAUAAACAUUUGGGAAUCUUUUUACCUUUCCAAUUAUUGUACAUGUAUCUUUUGAAGUUGUUUCAGAAUAUACCACCAGUUGGUUGUAGUACAAAACGUGCAAAAACAGCAACAGCAGCUUGCAUCCAUUCUGUUUCUGUGCUAUCGUGGUUCUGCAUAAAUGGUAUCAGUCAUCUUUGUGAUCCUCCUUGUGUGGUUUAUAAUGUCAUGUGCACUGUACUAUGAGACAACCCACUUACCCCAGUGUCCAGCCAAAGGGGAAAUAAGAUGCAAAUUAGGAGUGGGAGACUGAAAAUGAGAGCAUUUAAAUAAAUGUGGAACCAUAUGCUAUACAGGCAGAUACUUGGCAAUGAAUGUAUCUAGCUAAAGAUGAUUAUUUGGAAAGCAUAGUAGCUGGGGAACAUGAACAGAAGGGUUCUCUUGCACUGAUGUCCAACUUGUGGGCUUCCCACCUGCAACUGCUUAUCUACUCUGUGAGCAGAAUGCUGGACUAGAUGGCCCUUUAGUUUGGCUCUAAUGGUUCUUACGUCAGGCAUUUAUUUUCAUCCAAAACUGAUCAUACAGCUUUUAAAAAUCAAGCCUGUGCAGUGUGUAGAUGAUAUCAACAGUACAUGUCUGCUGAGAAAUGAGCCCUACUGAACUCAAUGGGAUUUAUUCCCAGAUAAGCUGGGUAGAAUUGCAGCCUUGGUGUGCAUACAUUCGGACAGCAUGCCUCUUGGAAGAGUUCCGAGCAUCCAGAAGAUCUGCUCCCCAGCAUGGCCACAUGCUGCUGGCAAGGUCGUCACCAAACCUCCACAGCAUGACAGCAAACCAGAGCCAUGGUUUUCCUUUGUGGCUGCCACACCACUGAAUCUCAACAGUGAACAAUCAGCCCAUUUUGACUGCCAUGUUCAAAUUUGGUGGAAGGUGCUGCAAAAAAGGGCUAGAAGGAUUGGAUGUUGUCCAUCCCCACUCUAGGUUGUCUGAUCGAACAAAGCAUAGCGCCUCCCCCACCCCCAGAAAAAAAUGGGCCUUGCACAUUCAUUUUAGGAGAUUAUUACUCCUAUAAUCUAAAAUAUUCUAGCCACUGUUGUCUCUUGAUAGGACGUUGCAAAACUGGUGGAUGGAGGAAAGUGAAACAGCUUGUUGCAAAUAACAGUCCAAGUACUAAGGUCAGCUUUUUUGCUGGAAAUGUUUGGUGGGAAUGGAAGAGGGACAUAGGAAAAAGCACCUCUUUCAGUGUUCCUACAAAUUGGAUACAAAGUGACUGAAAUCCAGAACGGGAUCCUUUUUGUAAUAUCCCAAAUGUACCUGGGAACAUUGUCUCAGGAUUGCUUGUGGGAACUCUGUCACGCAUCUACAGUCUUCUCUGAAUACUCUCUGGGUUCAGAACCAAAACACUGUAAUUUGAUAUUAAGUUACCUGGAAGCAACCAGCAGUGAGCCCAAUUGGAAUUUACCUCUGCAUAGAUAAUGUCUAGGAUUGCAGUGCUAACUGCAGAGAGAAGAAAACCCAGCAAGCAAUCAGGUGGUAUCCAGUGCUGUCAGUCCACCUGCACUGAAGUCAUUGAGACAACAGAAAUGCAGGUACAACCCUGGAAACCAGCACAAAUUAGUGCUUUUGACAUAGAACAAGUCAGUGGGGCUCCUUUCUAUGAGCUACACUAACUUGUCUCAUUCUGAAUUGGCAUAAUUCCCAUGAAACAGAUGCAUCAGCUUUCCAUAACUGCUUUCCAAAUGUCUUGGACUACUAUUCCCAUCAACCUUAAUUAGCAUGUCAAGAAACCUGGGCAUUACAGUCCAAAAUGUCUGGAGGGCACUAAAGAUGCACAUUCAAUAGUCACCUGACAAUUGCUCCAUUUGGAAGCAACCAAAUUGUGAGUCAUCUUUCUGUUUGUACUCCAAAUGAGCCAUUUAAGGUGUAGCUUCAUUCUUUCUGUCUUAAGCAGCUUAAAAUUUCAAUCUGGGGCGCACUUUUUUUUUUAUUAUAUUGCAAUCACAUAGACUGUUUUAUUGUUUUUGUUUAGUACUUAUCUGCAAGGCACAGCUUAUCUUAGGCAUUGUUAAAAGCUUAAAGCAGGGUCCAGGAGCUAUACUGUUUGUCAAAUAAUUCCAAUUGACAAACUAUUGUCAAACCAUGUCAGGAAUGGUGGCUAUAGCUUUCUUGCUCAUGGGAAUUUUAUGUUUUGCACCUGUAGUGAUGGCACAAAUAUAUAAAAAGGUGACCCAGAGCUUUUGGUCUAUCAGUUCUGGCUACUCUACUGUAGGAGUUACUCAAUGCCUUAGAACUCUUUCUAACUUCAUUGCUGUUGGAAUCUACUGAGGCAUUCAUGUAGGCCACCACUAUACCCCAAGGCAGUGGAAACCUGUCUCAGAAAUUCCCCCUAAUUUUUCCCAGUGAGCCUUCAUUAUUGAGCUGACUUCUGGUUGUUUAAGGUAUGCAGAAGCAGAAUGCUGAAGCUAUUAUGCUUUCUCAUACCUGUGGAACAGUGUCCAGCAAUGGUUAUGGGAUGGUAAAUCAUUGGAGGGUAAAGGAGCCCUUUCAAGGGGCAAGCAGAUCAAUAUGAGACAUUUAGGGGCAGGAAAAAGUAUGCCUGGCAUUUUAAGUGGAUAGGGGUUUGGAUGGUGUCCCUACAUAGCAUGCAUUGGGGAGGAGAAACCUUAUUUUUAGCAUCUUGGAUCAUCCUCGAGAUAAUCUUGGGAAAUUGCUGAUUUGUUGCCAUUUGAACUGCAUAAUCUGCCACUCCUUGUCUGCAGUUACACUUUAUAAAUAGCAGCAAAUACUACACUGAACAUAGUUAGGAAAUACCCCAGCAAAUAAUAUGUCAUAUAGUCAGAACUUGUACAGUCAUUUUUUAAAAAACAUCUUUCUUGAGAAGAUGUUUCUAUGUAAUGUCAAGCUCUCCUUGCUUGUUCUUAGAAACUUCCAAAAAUUGAUCGUAAUUCAUUUUCUUGUUUGGGAGCCACAGAGAGGAGCACUAAAUAAAUGCCUGCAAUUGAUUUUUCUUCUCAUUUGGAAUCACCAGAAGGAUAUUCUCAUUCUAUCUCUUCCUGGAUCCAUAUAUAACUGCAUUCAAUUUCUUACGUUAUGGGAACCAUGCAUCCGGAACGAAGCUAUUUAAUGGCUCAGCAUUAACAAAAUCUGAACAAAAUAUUAUAUUGAUGAUCACAUUUCAUUCCUAGCAAUGUGUUUUCUGACUAUGUAGCAAAACACUGUUGCAUGAUGUUGAGGGGAGGAGAAAAGUGAAAUUUAUUCUUGGUUCUCCUUGCAUUACAAAUGUUCUUGUGUAAGAAAAGGUAGGAACCCCACCCAUAAAUUGCCAGCCAUGACACUCAUUGUGCGUGCACACGUGUGUGUGUUUAAUAUAUGCGAGUGAGUGAAUCUUAGUUCAGUGUUAGACCCUAUGUUUUGCAUAGACAUGAUCUCUGAUUCAGUCCCUGGUAUCUUCAGUUAACAAUGGGGUGAGAAGGGUUUCUGCUAAAGACUUCCUACCAGUCAGAUGAGACAGUUCCAAGCUAAAACUGUCACCACCAUGUUUCCUGCAUAUUGGCAGAAAAAUGAGAUGAGGGCAUUGAGUUUCUUGUACCACCUACGGCAAAUUUUACCAUUUCAGUUCAUCAGAUGUUUGAGGUGCCCACAUUUCACUCUGAAAACCAGUUUCACAUUAUUGCUGCUACUCCCAGCUGAAAGCUAGAUGCAACCCUUUAAGAUACUGUAAAACGGGAGAAUAGCCUUUCUUCCUCUGAGGGCCCCAUUUCCUUGGAAUGACUUUGCCAGGGACAGGGGGAUGCCUGGGGCUAUAACACAAAGUGGGUAGAGUCAUCCCUUCUAUUUUCCCCCAUCCUCUUCCUCCCUGCCCAACUAGGUGCCCAGAGAGUGUCAAUCCUUUGCCAGAGGUCCAAACAGAUUGCUUGCAGAAGGCUUUUUAAAUUAGGCUGAGAGCUACCUUAAAUUAACAUACUUGCUGUAGAAUAAGUGAGAGCUACCUUAAAUUAACAUACUUGCUGUAGAAUAAGUGAGUUCAGAUUUUUUUUUCUUUCUAGCAGAAAGCAGAAGUAAAGGAAAUUAAUGUAUGUUGUUGUCUCUCAGGCAGCAGCUUUAUCAAUAAAGUAAGGGUGGUUCGAAAUGGAUUUUUCAAGUGCCAGGUGUGCUGAAUCACUAGUCCAAAUGGCACAGCAAGUGUAUUAAUAGGAAUUGAUAUGGUUAGCACUGUGCAACUGGGGGAUUGGACAGAGGAGGAGAAAAUCUCAUCUGUUGGUGCAGAUGACUUUUUCUGGUAUUGCUUCUUGCAGUUCCAGUUUAGCACCAAGUUGCACAAUCAUCCUUGUGGGAAGCUGCUCUCUGGGCACAGCCUUAGCAAUGUGAUAUUCCUCUUCAUUAAUGGUAGUUGUGGCAAGGCUCUUUUGCUUCCUGACUCUUCUGGAAGUUCUUGAUCUGGCAGAAAUGUAUUUGUAAAUAAGGUAAUUAUCCUAAGAGUGGAAGCUGAGACAAACACCUCGCCUUUGUACAUUGCAUAUCUCAAUUAGAAUGUAUGUGAAGUUGCAGUAAAAACACUUUAAUUUACUAAAUGCAAACUUGCAAGUUUGAUGGCAAAAUGAAACUUGAUCUUAAGUAAGCCUUUGCAUUUAAUAUGCAGUUUUUUAAAAAUACCAAAAACUGUAUCAAAGAGCUGAUUAUUUGGACUACAACAAGUGUGGAGGGGAGAACUUAACUCUUUAUUCCCUUGCUGCAGUCUUAGAGAAAACUCUUCUUGAAGGUAGUGUUUACUUUGCAAGGGAAAUCUCUUGUUGGUAUCAGUGGAGAUCUCCCAACAAAGCAAACACUACCCCCUCCUAGCUGAUUCUGUUUACAUUUUCUUAACUGGCAAGUCACAUUAAAUGUGCCAAUUUUGGCUUUUAUAGUUUUACGCGUAAAAAUGUUCGUUCUGAUUUGUUUGGGCAGGCAGUUCACUGGGAUACCACACUGAUGGGUAUACUGAAUGAAAAAUAGAUCUGAACUUUGGUUUGAUCAGCUCCACUCAAAUACUUUGUUGGAAGAGAAAGGGAAACCACUGCAUAUUUCUUCCUCGCUCCCCACUUCCCACAAUGUGUUUCAGACCAUGGGUGAUUCUAGAUCACCCGCCAUCUCAGUGGCUCUGCACACUGGGUGACCAUUACAUAUAAUCCUAUUCCUGUUCUCCUUGGAGUACACAUAAUUGAUAUAAGUGAGACUUGUGUUUGAAUAGAUAUGUACAGGUUUCUGUAGUAAAAGGCUCUGUAUGCUAAGCAGGCAUACCAAAACAUCUGUGCUGUGAACAUUACUAUAACUAUGAGGCAUGAACAUAAACACAAUAAAGUACACUGUGUUUCUGCAAAUUAAUAUUGAAUACAUUCAAAUGCUGUCCUUUAAAGUAGAUGCUCAGAAUUUUGACAUUUCCUUAAAAAGCAUAUUAUAGGGUCACUGUUUUGGAAGCCUGUAAAUUUAUGAUUGGGGCAUAAAGCAGUCUUGCUAAGUGUGUGAUUGUCACAAAAACUGGAUUGGAAUUCAGUUGAGAAGGUAAAAGGUAAUCAAAGGAUUUUAACCUUUCAUCGUGUUCACUAAUAACCUGAAGAAACUGAUAUUACAUUCAUCAAAUUCACUAUCAUACAAAAAGAGGAGAGAUUUUCUAUUUCAUACAGGAUGAUUCUAGAACUCCAAAAUGAUCUACCUAUCGUAGGCUUGGACAGCCAGUAUCAAAAUGCAUUUCCACAAAGAUAAGUAUAAAAUGAGGAAUAGACUGUGUAGACAACACUUCAGAGCAUGAUAUUUUGGCUUCCAGUGAACAUCAGAUAAACAUCACUUGCCAAUGUGAUGCUGUUGCAUAAAAUAGCAGUACCAUUUUAGGCUGUGUCAACUAGAGUUCUUCAAAGAAUAAGGAAAUGCUUGAUCUAAUUUAUUUGGCAUUCCAUUUGAUCAUAUCAGAGUUCAAUCUGGAAUAUGGCAAUUCAUGAAUUAAGUUGCAAGUUUUAAUGGCCAACAGAAGAGAGCAACAAAGAUGAUAAAGCUAGAAGAUGAAAAACACACGGGUAGAAUUUGGUAUAGCUACUCAGAAUAUUAAGGAAAGGGAAUGUUAGAAACCCUCAAAUUCAGAAAGAUAGGAGAAAGAAGGGAAACAGUUGAUUCUUUGAGUGGAAGAGCAGGUCAAGGAGUAAUUGUGUGCAAACUGUCUGGCAUCACUGCCUUUUUAUACACACUACAGCAUGUACACAAGCCCCAUGUUUUGUGAGAACCCCCAUGUUUUGUGAGAACCUUUGCUUCUGAUGUGCUGGGCUGGGAAACAGAAAGCGAUACAACACGAAACCUGGCAGGAGUGCAAGAAUGAUAUGCCAUGGUGAGGCCUUAAUCCUCCCUCUUUGCUACAAAGCCAUGAUUUAAGAAAUCCUUCCAAACUAUGGGAUUAGUUCCACAAUAAAACUGACUGUAGAGUAAGCCCUGUAGAAAUCUUAAUCUUCAGAGGUGUUCCUAAGAUAGUGUAACUUUCAGGUACAGUAUUUUACAAAAGAUUUGAGUUAGAUUACUCAUCAAGUCUACCAUAAUUCUGAGUUAAAGUUAGGUUUCAGCCUCGCAGAAACUGGAUUAUUACCAUCUUACUCUGCCAUUAAAAUAAAAGUCAUUGCUGCAGAAAGUAUUUCUAAUACUCCUGAGUGACUGAAGGAUGAUGAACCACUGAGUUGUCUCCUACAAGUUUCAUGGAAAUUAACAGAAGUUUAAUGAAAGGUAUAAAGUUAGGAAAUCCUCAAGUGGGAGUAAAUGUGGACAAAGAUGGGCACUGUACAUGGACAAAGCUCCAUACAGGAGCUGUUGGAAAGAAAAUCUUGGUGUGCUAAAUUCCAGAUUCUUUACAGUGAGACUUGCAUAGGUAAUGUUGUAAGAGAGUAUAUGUUUUUUUCUUUGCAUGAAAGGUAGCUCGAUAGAGAACUGUUACAAUAUUAACCAUGAUUUUCCAAGCAUAUGAAAGUCUGAAGACUUGAUUUUAAACACAUUCUUGGGCUGGUCCUAAGAUGAUGUGAAGAAUGUAUCUGUAUUGGUGGUUUGUAAAGGCUGGUAGUUGGGGUGGGGUGGGGUGGGGUGGGGCGAGGUGGGGUUUCUUAAACUCUUACUAUCAUGACAUUCAUAGGACUUCUUGUCAUUUCUUUUUUGUACUUAAAAUUUUGUUAAAGAAUCAUUGAUUUAACACAUUAAAAGCCUUGUGUGAGCUUAAACAAGUAUACUCUUACAGUGUAACAACAUGUUAAUUCACAAGCUGAAUGUAUUGUGAAAAAUAAAGAUGUAAAUGAUUUAAUAAAAUGCUUUGUUUGUAACCUG